UUUCCAAAUUAAAUUCAAUCCAAAAUAUUAUUCAAUGAAGACUUUCUUACACUGUUUUGUAAGUGUCCUCUUAAUAGCGGCAUCUAUUGUAGCGAUUAUUUACAUGAUUUUCCCUACUUCUCCAAUACAAGUGGUUCCUAAAAUUGUUAAAACUGAAAUAAAGGAAGAAGAUGGAUCCGUGAAAAAUUUUAAGUCAAUUGAAUCUGAGCAUCACCACAGACCAAACAAAAUUUUUAAAAGCGGAGAUGUGGAAAAAAUUAAUGAAAGAAUUUGGAAUUCAAUCAAAAAUGAAAUUCGACAUGACAAAGAACGUAUAGACUGCAAAAGAAUAAUUGAAGGAGAUGAGAGUUAUAUAAAACUCGAAGCAAAAUCUAGAUUAAUAUAUAAAGAUCCAAAACAUUUAUUAAUGGAUUGUAGAUCAAUUAAAGAAAGAAAUUAUUUUUUGGAAAAGCCUUUAUCCACUGAAGAAGGGAAAUAUCCAUUGGCUUAUGCUAGAAUUGUUUAUAAAAAUUAUAGAUUUCUGGAAGCAGAGUUUGCCACAAAUUAUCAACCCCAAAAUUGGUAUUGUUUUGCUGUUGACAAGAAAAUUGGAAAUAACCAGUUUUUUAAAAGAAUAAAGGGAUUGGCUAAAUGUUUUCCUAAUGUUAUUGUUCCAACAAAAAGAUUUCCUGUAGAUAAUAAUGGUAGAUUUUCAAUUUACUCCGACUAA